UAGAAACCAAAAGCAUCACAGAGAGAGAGAGUGUGUGUGUGUAAAAUGAACAUGUGCCCUACAAAGCAAAAGCAUCGGAGCUCCGGUGGCCGUACUUCCAAAUCCGGUGAGCCCACUACGACGACCACCGCGGCGGAAUGGAUGUCGGAGGCCAUACACGGGGGAUCCCUGCGCCACGUGGACCUCCACAAGGGGACCAAUGGCUGGGCCUCGCCGCCCGGCGACCUGUUCUCCCUCCGCUCCAAGCACUACCUGACAAAGCGGAUCAAAUCCCCAGCCGGCGAGUACCUCUUCUCUCCGGUUGGCAUGGACUGGUUGAAAUCGACCGCCAAGCUCGACAACAUACUCGGGCGCCCCGACAACCGCGUGUUCCACGCGCUCCGUAAGGACCAGGCCCUAGGCAAGUCCCUCAAGAGCUUCGUUCUCGCUGUGAAUCUCCAAGUACCCGGGAAGGACCACCACAGCGCCGUGUUCUACUUCGCCGCAGAGGAUCCUAUCCCCACUGGCUCGCUCCUCUACCGGUUCGUGAACGGCGACGAUGCGUUCCGGAACCAGCGGUUCAAGAUCGUGAACCGGAUCGUCAAAGGACCGUGGAUCGUGAAAAAGGCGGUGGGGAACUACAGCGCAUGCUUGCUAGGCAAGGCCUUGACAUGUAAUUACCAUAGAGGUCCUAACUACUUAGAGAUCGACGUGGACAUCGGGAGCUCGGCGAUCGCGAGCGCGAUUCUGCACCUCGCGCUGGGGUACGUGACGAGCGUGACGAUCGACAUGGGGUUCGUGGUGGAGGCGCAGGCGGAGGAAGAGCUGCCGGAGAGGCUGCUCGGCGCGGUUAGGGUUUGCCAGAUGGAAAUGUCGUCGGCCACCAUGGUCGACGCGCCGCAUGCUCCGGCGAUGGCACGUGGGUUGGGGUUUGCCAAGGUGAACCACCGCGAGCCCGGCGAUUAUGACGACGAUGGUGAAAAUGGAAGCAUUUAAAUUAAUCAGAAAUUUAGCUUUAACUUUUUUUUAACCUUUUUUGGAAUUUUCACGGGGUUAAUGUAAUUUAAGUCCCUUUUUUUACGGGGAUCGGUGGUGUAGAUAAUAAAUGGUAAAAAUAAUAAAAAUGCGCUGUUUUCCUUCU